AUGCUCGAAGCUCUCAAGAAACGUUUCGCUACAUUUGAAGAAAACACGCUGUUCAAAUUGGCGUCAACAUUGGACCCUCGCUGGAAGGCUACGUUCGGUUUCAAGUUUGAGGAGGAUUUCAUCCGCGGGGUAGAUACAUUCGAGAAAUCCAUCGGCCAAGCUUCAGCUGUCUCCGAGGUACCCCCCACUAGUGAGACUCCAUCAUCAACCCCGGCAUCCCAACAUCAAUCUGGCCUACUGCUGUUGCCUCACAUUCAGCCCAGUUUCAGCAAUCAUACUUUCAGCGAUAAACUAUGUUCAAAAAUGCAGUUUCCUUCCUACCAGCAAGUCAAAGCCUACCAGCAAGUCAAAGCAAUAAGUCUUCAAACUUUCAACGAUACUUUUCCAAUAUUCCAGUUGCCUUCCUACCAGCAAGUCAAAGCCUACCAGCAAGUCAAAGCAAGAAGCCUUCACACUUUCAACGAUACUUUUCCAAUAUUCCAGUUGCCUUCCUACCAGCAAGUCAAAGCCUACCAGCAAGUCAAAGCAAGAAGCCUUCACACUUUCAACGAUACUUUUCCAACAUUGCAGUUUCCUUACUUCAAACAAGUCAGUCCUGUCUAA